CUCCCGAGCGCUAUCGGCGGUCCCUGGACACUUCCUUUGUCCAGUGUCCUUUCACCCAACACCGACAAGCUGGCUCCUACUGUAGGCUGGACUGUGUUGCUCUCGGAAGUAGAGCCUCGGAGAUAGCGCUAGGUUGUCCUUCAAUUGGGGCGGCCGAUGUGGUAAUAGAUGAUCCUCAAAACCGGGCGGCGGAUGCAGCACUGCGAAGUCAAGGUUAUUGAACCUCCCUGUAAGCGCUCCGAAGGGAUGAAGCCUUCAUUCAAGGCUCCCGGUCGAUGUGUGUUGGAAGGGGGGGGAUGGAAUCCCCACUGAGGGUCUCGGGAGAGGUGUAGACAAUGAUGACGCCUCUCACUGAGGCUCGCGGACGAAGGUGACGCCUCUCACUGAGGCUCGUGGACGAAGGUGACGCCUCUCACUGAGGCUCGUGGACGAAGGUGACGCCUCUCACUGAGGCUUGCGGACGAAGGUGACGCCUCUCACUGAGGCUCGCGGACGAAGGUGACGCCUCUUACUGAGGCUCGCGGACGAUCAUUGUCCUCGCAUAACAUACAACUAGCUACACUUACCAAAUAGCUACCACAACACUAGGGACUCAGGACACAGGGACACUCAGAGGCUAGGCUAAGGGACACUUAGAGGCUAGGCUAAGGGACCUUACUUAGUUGGUUACCAGGUUUACUCUCAAAAGGGAUUUUGAUCCACUAUUCUUUACAGAUCUUCUCUAAAUCCUUAAGGUUUCUUGCCUGUCUCUUAGCAACUCAAAGUUUCCACUCCCUCUAUGAUUUUUUUUUUAUCAGAUUAAGGUCUGGAGAUAGACUAGGCUACUUCAUGACCUUGUGCUUCUGCUUGAACCACUUCUUUGUUGUCUUGGUGGAAUGUUUUGGGUUAUUGUCAUGCUAGAAAACCCAUCCACAACCCGUCCUCAGGAGCUUUUCAUCUAAAACAUUACAACAGAUGGCCCCAUCCAGUGGCCCCUCAAUGCGGCAAAUUAAGCCUUUAGCAGAGAAACAUUUUCAAAGCACAAUGUUUUCACCUCCAUGCUUGACUGUAGGAAUGGUGCUCUUAGGAUCAUAGUCUGCAUUUGUCCUCCUCCAAACACGGCAAGUUGAGUUGAUGCCAAAAUGCUCAAUUAUCAUCUCAUCUGACCACAGCAGUUUCUUCCAAUGAGCGAACUGAAAAGGGGACCAGAAGGAUCUCAAUCCAUGGUGGUAUAUUGUGUUACCAAUGGUUUAUUUGGUGACUGUGGUCUCACCUGCCUUGAGGUCAUUCACAAACUCCUCCUAGUUCUGGACUACCACCACAAUUUUCUGUUAAUCAUUACCAUGCAAAGCUUGCAUGAAGCUCCAGACCACAGCCUAUUCCAGGUCUUGUAGGUCUACAAUCUUGGUCAUGACGUCCUUUGACAGCUCUUUGGUCUUGCCCAAGUUUGAAUAGAAGCACAACAUAUGAUUACUUUGAUGUUUCUGAGCCAUGUCAUUACGGAAGUGAUGCAAGCCAGUUCCUCCCAGUGCUCUACUCUUUGUUCUUCGUGGUGGGCUUACCUGGCAACAUGCUGGUGCUGUGGAUGAUGUUAAGAGGUGCUCAAAUGAAAACCAUGACUGAUGUGUCUCUCCUGAACCUGGUCAUCGCUGACCUUCUACUAAUCUUCACUCUCCCCUUCCAGGCUCACUAUGCCAGAGAUACCUGGGUAUUUGGUAACGUCAUGUGCACUCUGGUUCUCGGUGUGUUCUACAUCGGAUUUUAUGCUGCCAUUUUCUUUAUUGUGCUGAUAAGCAUCGACAGAUACUUGGCUAUCGUUCAUUCCUUGUUUGUCUUGAAUAUCCGCACAAAGGCUUUUGGUAUUUUAGCUUGCAUGGUAGUCUGGAUGAUAGCUGUUGCAGCAUCAUUUCCUGAGCUACUGCAUUUUGAAGGUAAAGCUUAUGAUACUGGAGUAGUUUGCACUGCUUACCAAGCAAUCAUGUAUCACAGUUAUGGGAGAAGUACAGCUUUAUUUAAAAUGAAUGUUUUUGGCAUGAUGAUUCCACUGGGUAUUGUGGGAUUUUGUUACUCGAUGGUGCUCAGGAAUCUUAAGACAUCUACAAAACUAGCUGUUCGUCUAGUUGUUGUGGUCACGUGUGUCUUUUUCUGCUGCUGGAUACCGUACAACAUUGCAGCAUUCCUCAAAGCACUGGAACUGAAGGGCACCCUACCUCAAGAGUGUGAGAUCAGCAAAGGGAUCCAUCUAAUGCUGCAAGUCACUCAAGCUGUGGCGUACUCACACAGCUGCCUCAAUCCAUUUCUCUACGUGUUUUUGGGUGAGAACUAUAAGCAGCAUCUCGCCAGGCUCCUCCUUCAGACACCAUGUGUCCGUGCGCAGUGUAUAAAGAACUACCUGACCCAGGUUGAGGGCUCAGUGGAUCCACACAUUGAAAAUGUUGAUGAACUCUCAGUUGCCAUCUAAAUGAUAAAAAAAAAAACUGAAAUGUGCAUGAAUACAUAGUUUUCAUUAUUUUACAUUAUGUUAUUCUGCAUCUACUAAAAUAUAUUGGGGAUUAUAUCUACAAUUAUUAUAAUCUGACCUUUUUUGAUAGUUGUUUUUUUACUUUAACUUUUUUACCUUUAAUAUGUAUUUUUGACCAGGAAUUGUGUGUAUAUAGUGUACCCUUUACAGCUUUCAAAGAUUCAUAGCUAGGCUGUAAUGAAGCCUGGAUUAUACUUGCAUUUACUGUAACUGCACAUACUAAUAUAAAAAACAUCCUGAGAGUUAUUGAGCACUAACAUAAAUCACUUGUCAAAUAUAUAGGUUAUUGCUAUUGUUCAAUUGAUUAAGUAAAGUGCAUGGCAAUAAACCUUUUCAUUGGA